UGGCCGGCUGUCGUGUUGGAGGAUCUCUGCCGAGGCGAGCUGCAGUUUUCCAGGAGGACGACCCGCGGAGGCAACGAGACGCGGAGGUCUUGCAGGAGAUGGACCCGGCCGGGACCAGCACCGGGACCAGCACCUGGACCAGCACCUGGACCACCACCGUGGUCCUGGUACCCUGCGUGGUCGUCCUGACCGCCGGCCUCUUCCACCUGUACGGCGCCGUCCUGGGCCUGCUGUCCAAGACCUGCGUGAGGAACAAGGUCCUGGUGAUCACCGACGCCCUGUCCGGGCUGGGCCGAGAAUGCGCCAGCGUGUUUCACAAAGGCGGAGCGCGCCUGAUCCUCUGCGGGAAGAACUGGGAGGAGCUGGAGGAGCUGGAGGAGGAGCUGGCCAAGAACUCCGACCCCACGCUGACCUUCCCUCCCAAGCUGGUGCUGCUGGACUUCGGGGACGUGUCCAGCCUGGACGAGGCCGUGGCCGAGGUCCUGGACUGCUACGGCUGCCUGGACGUCCUGGUCUUCAACAGCAGCCUGAAGGUCCGAGCCCCGGCCCAGACGCUGUCCCUGGAGACGGACCGGCGGCUCAUGGACAACAACUACUUCGGCCCCAUCACGCUGGCUAAAGGCGUCCUCCCCUCCAUGAUCUCCAGGAGGAGCGGCCACCUGAUCCUGGUCAACAGCAUCCAGGGCAGGAUCGCCGUGCCGUUUCGAGCCACAUACGCCGCCUCCAAACACGCCGUGCAGGCGUUCUUCGACUGCCUGAGGGCCGAGGUGGAGGAGUACGGCAUCUCCGUCAGCACCAUCAACCACACCUUCAUCAGCCCCUCGGGCCCCGGGGCCCGGCCCUCCAGGUCCCUGCUGUCACUGUUUUACUCCCAGAAGCCGCGCGGCGUUUCCCCGGACGAGGCGGCGGCCGAGGUCGUGAAGACUCUGAACCACAAGAGGAAGGAGGUGCUGAUCGCGCCGUCCCUCCCCAAGAUGGCCGUCUACGCCAGGUCCUUCUUCCCCAACGUCUUCUUCGCCGUGAUGGCGGCAGGAGUCAAGAGCUCUGCGGGGAACGACUAAAGCCCCGUCUCCAGCUGUUCACCAAACAUGAGCUUUAUGAUGUUCAUUUGUCGUCCUUUGUGAUUGAAACUAAAGUUCUUCUGUUUCACAAUCAUGUUUGAUCGGAGACUGCAUUUCCAUGCAUCAAUAACCCUUUUAAAACCCGAAUAUUGGCAAUAACCCGAAUUUGCACGGCCAUGUAAACACCAAUAACCCCUUUGAAUAACCCGAAUUUGCUCAUAUUCGGGUUUUUAAUAACCUGAAAAUGAGCCCUGGGUUACUCCUUUUAAAACCUGAAUAUUGGGUCAUGUAAACACCUAACGGAAUAUCCCCAUCAAACGGAACAUGCGGUGCGUCCGAAAUGCCAUACUAAAAAGUAUAUACUAAAAAGUGUACUUAAAUUCGGCACACUUUUGAGUACAUAUAUGUAGUGUGCAUUAAUUCGGACGUACUAUUAAGAGUACGCUCUUUCCCGUUAAUUCUGUCCGAAACAAGAUGACAUUAUAUAAUAUUAUUAAAUACGAAUAUUAUAAUAUUAAUAUUAUAUAAUAAUAUUAUUAUACUUAAUAUUAUACUUAUGACAUAUACGUAUCACUUAGCAACCAAACGCCGCUGCAUUGCAUUGUGGGAAGUUUCUGCUCAGCUAGUGUCCAUCAAUCCACACUAAAAAAUUUCUCCAGAAUGAGUAUGAAUAGUACAUACUAUUGAGUACGUUCUAAUGUUUCGGACGCACAAAAAAAUCUUGCAUACUCAUUUUGCAUACUCAUUAGGGUGGAAAUAUGCGAUUUCAGACGCAACCAUGAAUCUGUUUUCUGCGCAUGCUCGGUUUGCAAGGAAUCUUGGUCUUUUGAGUCCAGGAAGUUCUUAUAAACACGGAGAAACGCAAGACCACGCCACACUUUUGGAGUGAGGAGGAGA